CUGGAGUCGAGACCGGCCAGUCCACCGCGACCGGACUCUGCGUCCAGAUCAAUUAUAACUACUAAUUGCUGCGUCUGAAACGCCUGUCCGAUGUCCCUCACCUCCAGUCGCUCUUUAUCUUUCUGAUUCUUGUCUUUCUGCCAUUUCUUUCUCUUUGCAGUACCGGGGUUUUGCAGCGGACCGCUCGAUGUAAUGAUGGAUUUGGAUCGACGCGAGAUCGAGAUACCGCCGGAACUAGAUGGCUUCAGUGUAUUGUUUCCACUGCCCUACCGGUUGGCAUUGAUAGUGGUUGCUGGCUUCUGGGGUUGGGGAGUGAAUCUGCAUUACUUGUCCAAAUUGAAGAUCGAUGUCCCAGCCUUGAUCCGAUACCCUGCGCGACAGGCCCCCAACCAAAAGCCGCAUCAUGUCUCCGUAUACCAUCUUGCGACCCUAUUGACGAUUCCACUCGGAGCUUCCCUUCUCCUUUUCUGGAUGCUCACACAUGGCUCCAUCGAACGGGUCAAGUCACUGGAAUGGUUCCCUCAAAUAUACGUCAUUAUAUUCCUAAUCAUCCUUAUUCUGCCGGUCCGCCGUCUCUCUCGCUCUGGUCGGUAUCGGUUCCUCAUGACGCUGAAGCGUAUCAGUAUCGGUGGGCUGGCGCAGCCGCAGGACGGGAAGUUUGGGGAUAUCCUGUUGGCUGAUGCUCUGACGAGCUACGCCAAAAUACUGGGGGAUCUUUAUGUCAACUUUUGCAUGCUGUUUACAGGAGGCAUGUCCGCCACCGGAAAGCCCAAUCGUGCUUGCGGCGGGGAGUUCGUUGUGCCUAUUAUCGUUGCUGUUCCCAGCUUGAUCCGGUUCAGACAAUGUCUAAUCGAGUUUGUUCGCGUCCAGAAACAGCGGGACAGGGGAGAUGGCUGGGGUGGACAGCAUCUAGCUAACGCCUUGAAAUAUGCCUCUGCGUUUCCGGUGAUUGCUUUGACGGCUUUGCAGCGCAACUACAACCCGUUUGUCGUGGGACAGAUCAGUGAAGUGCAGCUGUAUCAUAUGUGGAUCUUCUUUGCAUGCAUCAACUCUUUCUAUUCCUUCUACUGGGACGUGACCAAGGAUUGGGAUCUCACUCUCUUUACCGAGGCACGGAGCGAUCCCCAGCAACCAUUCGCAUUGCGUCGGAAAAGAUGUUUCCCGACAAGUAAGAUGUAUUAUGGCGCCAUCAUCAUUGACUUUUUCCUUCGCUUCACAUGGACCUCAAAACUCUCCUCGAAAUUCGACCACAUCAAUGAGACCGAGUUCGGUCUUUUCAUGCUUAUGUUCCUUGAAGUCGCAAGGCGUUGGAUGUGGAUUUUCUUCAGAGUUGAAACCGAAUGGGUCAGGAGUAUCCGCGGCCCCGCCCCUGACGACAUUCUUCUUGGAGAGUUCAAUCGGAAAUUGGAUGAAGACUGAGAGGUUUGAUGACUUUGAUAGCGUUUCAUUCUUCUUUUGCAUUUGGUUAUUGCCUAUUCCUAUGGAGGAAUCGACCCAGCAUGAGCUCGAAGUCUCACCGUUUGGUGCGAGCACGUGUAACUACAUGUAACUAUAAUCCCGAUAGACUUGUCGGUAUAUUUCAUAACAAAGUUCCCUGAUGCGGAUUGUAACAACGCUCGGAUACGAAAUAUAUAUAAAGCUAGAUGCUAUAAUUACCCCCUUUAGUUCCUUCAGGCAGGGAAAGUUCUUCCACACAUCAAAAUACAAUCUGAUUUCGAGAC